AUGUCAGAAUUAACAAGCUAUUUAACAAAUACUGCAAUAUUUUUUCUUUUAAAAGAAAGAAAUUUAAUUUUUGAGUCCAAAAAGUCUUAAUUUAUAAUUUUAAACUUCUUAGAAUUUAAAUUUUUUUUCAUCACUUCUAAAAACUUUCAAUACAUUAAUUUAAAAGAGAUGUUUAUAUAAAGAAAAAUGUCAUCUAAAAAGUACACUGAAUUAAAAUAAUUUCUCAGUUCAGAUUUUUUUUCUCUUACAGAUUUAGAAUUAGAUUUAGAGCGUAAUGUAUUAAAAGAUGAAGGUAUAUCAUAAUUAAGUUUAUGUUUCUUAACCGCUACUUUAAGUGACUAUAAGCAAUUAACAUAUUUAAAUCUAAAUAUGAGCUAAAACCAAUUUAAUAGCGAAGGAGUUAAUGCUCUAUCUACUUGGUUAGCAAAUUGCACAAACAUGAAAAGCAUCACUCUAAAUUUUUCUGAUAAUAAUAUUAGUUCAGAAGGUACAUCUUAUUUAAGCUAGGCUUUAUCUAAAUGUGUCAAUCUUUUGUUUCUAAAGCUAAAUUUAUACAAUAAUUUUAUUUUUGAUGAAGAAGUAUGUAGAAUUGCAUCUGGCAUCAAGAACUGCAUAAAUUUAAUAGAUUUAGUAAUAAAUUUAAACAGUAACUUAAUUGAAGAUGUAGGAGUUAAUACCUUGAUCUUUUCUAUUUCUCACUGCAAAAAUCUCUAAACUUUAGAAAUUAGCCUUCACAACAAUAAGAUUUCUCCUCUAGGAAUAUCAAGCUUUAGUAAUCUACUAUACCAGUGCCAAAAUAUAUUUGGAUUAUCCCUUAUUUUAAGUCGUAAUAGAAUAGGAGCUGAAGGUGUUCGCUUAUUAAAUUCUGCUUUUAAUCGCAAUAAGAAUAUUUUAAGAUUAACUUUAUUUAUUUACAAUAAUAAAGUCAAUAGAUAAGAAGAAUAAAAGCUAUUUUCAACAGUAAAUAAGAUGAGUAGAUUAGUUAAAAAGAAUCUAGAAUGA